AUGCGAGAGAAGUUACCAGAGACUAUAAACUUCCCGAAGGAAGAGGAGAAGCUGAUAGAAUUCUGGACAGAAAAUGACGUCUUCCAGAACAGCUUGCGGCUAUCAAAGGGUCGUCCACGUUUCUCAUUCUACGACGGACCGCCAUUCGCGACAGGUCUGCCUCACUAUGGACACAUCUUAGCAGGAACCAUCAAGGACGUGGUGACUCGCUACGCCCACCAGAGCGGGUUCUACGUAGAACGGAGGUUCGGGUGGGACACCCACGGCCUGCCGGUAGAAAUCGAGGUAGAGAAGGCGCUGGGGAUCAAGGGACCGGAAGACGUCGCGAAGAUGGGGAUUGAUAAUUACAACAAAGAGUGCAGGAGCAUCGUAAUGAAGUACUCUGGAGAGUGGGAGCGAGUCGUGGGAAGGAUGGGUCGGUGGAUCGACUUCAAGAACGACUACAAGACACUCUACCCCUGGUACAUGGAGUCCAUCUGGUGGAUCUUCAAGGAGAUGUACAACAAGGGACUUGUCUACCAGGGAGUCAAGGUGAUGCCCUUCUCCACGGGCUGCAACACUCCGCUGUCAAACUUCGAGUCCGGGUUAAAUUACAGGGAAGUUAUUGACCCCGCUGUGUUUGUAGCUUUCCCGCUGAAGGACGAAGAAGGAGUCUCGCUGGUCGCCUGGACCACCACUCCCUGGACCUUGCCCAGUAACCUCGCCCUCUGCUGUAAUCCUAACUUUGAAUACGUCCUGGUCAAGGACAAUGUUUCUAAGAAGACUUACAUCAUGCUGGAGUCUGCGUUGUCUCAGGUUUAUAAGUCUGAUGAUUUGUAUGAGGUUGUUGGCAAGAGGAUGGGCUCUGAGCUCAAGGGCAAACGCUACGAGCCGCCUUUUGACUACUUUGAACAUCUUAGGGCCAAGGGAGCUUUUCAGGUGCUUAAUGAUACUUAUGUCACUGCUGAGACUGGUACUGGGAUUGUUCAUCAGCUGCUGUAAUCCUAACUUUGAGGGCAAGCGCUACGAGCCGCCUUUUGACUACUUUGAACAUCUUAGGGCAAAGGGAGCUUUUCAGGUGCUUAAUGACACUUAUGUUACUUCUGAAACUGGUACUGGGAUUGUUCAUCAGGCUCCGUAUUUUGGAGAGGAUGAUUACAGAUGUAACUUGCAAGCCGGAAUAAUAACAAAAGACCAAGAGCCAAUCUGCCCAGUAGACAGUUGCGGAAAGUUCACUGACCCAGUCCGCGACUUUAAAGGUCUGUACGUAAAAACAGCAGACAAAGAAAUCGUAAAGACUCUUCUAGCCAACGGAAAGUGUAUAAAAUACUCCGGGUGCAACCACAGCUACCCUUUCUGCUGGAGAUCAGACACCCCGUUGAUCUACAAGGCAGUUCCUUCCUGGUUCAUCAGGGUGGAAAACAUCAAGGACCGGCUUCUAGCCGCGACAUCAGAGACCUACUGGGUGCCAGACUACGUAAAGGAUAAAAGAUUCGGAAAUUGGCUGCGCGACGCCCGCGACUGGGCUAUCAGCAGGAACAGGUACUGGGGGAACCCGAUCCCUCUGUGGAUCUCCGAGGACAAAAAGGAGAUCGUCUGCGUGGGAAGCAUCGCUGAGUUGGAGGAGCUGACUGGCACCAAGGUGACGGACAUCCACCGCGAGAGCAUCGACCACUUGACCAUUCCUUCCAGAAGAGGCCCGGAGUUUGGAGUUCUCAGGCGCAUUCCGGAGAUAUUCGACUGCUGGUUCGAGUCUGGCUCCAUGCCUUACGCACAGAUGCAUUAUCCCUUCGACAGAGUCAAGGACUUUGAAGAAAGCUUCCCCGCGGAUUUUAUCGCUGAAGGCAUUGACCAGACUCGCGGCUGGUUCUAUACUCUCUUGGUAAUCUCCACUGCGCUUUUUGACAAACCACCUUUCAAGAAUCUGGUUUGCAACGGCCUUGUCCUCGCGGCUGAUGGUCAGAAAAUGUCCAAGAGCAAGAAGAACUAUCCUGAUCCCAUGGAAGUCAUCAAUCGCUUUGGUGCUGAUGCCUUGAGAUUGUACUUGAUUAAUUCUCCGGUUGUUAGGGCUGAGAAUUUGAGGUUCAAGGAGGAAGGAGUCAGGGAUGUUAUCAAGGAUGUGUUUUUGCCAUGGUACAAUGCUUUCAGAUUCCUGAUGCAGAACAUCGAAGGAUUUGAAUCCUCCGAAAACCGUGAGUUCAUUUUCGACGACAGCUGUCCUUCAUCAGACAACAUAAUGGACCAGUGGAUCUUAUCAUUCACCCAAACACUCUUAAAACUCCUAAAAGAAGAAAUGAAGUUCUACCGGCUGUACAACGUGGUGCCCAAAUUAGUGAAAUACAUCGACAACCUGACGAACUGGUACGUGCGAAUGAACCGAAGACGCCUGAAAGGCGAGGGAGGAUCCAAAGACUGCGAGCUAGCUUUACGAACCUUGUUCAGCGUGAUCUACAUAAUGGUCCGUAUAAACGCGCCGUUCACUCCGUUCCUGAGCGAGUUCAUGUACCAGCGGCUGUUGCCUCUGCUUCCCAAGACCAAGAACAACGAGAGUGUCCACUACCAGAUGAUCCCUCAGCCAAAGGAAGAAUUAAUCAGCGAAGAAACAGAGCGUGCUGUCUUCCACAUGCAGACAGUCAUUGACCUGGGUCGGAUUGUCCGCGACCGCAAGACAAUUCCUGUUAAAUACCCGCUGCCCGAGGUGGUGAUCAUCCACCAGGAUGAAAAAAUCCUUAAGGAGAUAGUCAAGCUGGAAAAGUACGUCCUGGAGGAGCUGAAUGUUAAGGAGAUGACUGUCACCACUGACAAGCAAAAGUACGGAGUGGUCCUCAGAGCCGAGCCUGAUCACAAGACUCUGGGUGUCAGGCUACGUGGAGAAUUCAAAGCAGUCACCCAAGCGAUCAAGGAGCUCACUGAUGCCCAGUUGCAGGAAUUCUUAAUAAAAAAAGAGAUCGUAGUCAAUGGCUACGUCUUAGGCGAGCAAGACUUAAGAUUGAUGUUCAGCUUCUCUGGUCCCAGGGCUGACGAACUGUCUCAGAGGUACGAAGCCCACUCCGAAGGCAAUAUCUUGAUUCUCCUGGACAUUACUCCCGAUGAAUCCAUGCAGAAUGAAGGAAUUGCUAGAGAAGUCAUCAACAGGGUCCAGAAGUUGAGGAAGAAGGCUCAAUUGGUCCCCACUGAUCCAGUUGAUGUUUAUUAUAAAAUCAAAGACUCUGCAAGUGUGUUGAACAAAGUUAUCCUGGAGUACAAAGGAUUCAUUGAAGGAACCACCAAGACUCCCCAGUUUGAGCUCGCGGAGCUCAAAGGAGACUCUGAGGUUAUUAUUGAAGAAAUUCAGAAGAUCAAAGGCUGGGAUAUGAAGCUAGUUUUGGUGAAAAGAAGUUCCAAAAAUAGAGACAAGCCUUUUUUGAAGUUUGUCAAUAUUAAAUUAGGUGAUGUUGAGUCCCAGGAUGCUAAUCCUGGAGAUAUUGGAACUGUUUUGCUGGAGAAUCCUAAAACUGGGAAGAUAAUUGAUUUUGAGGGAUUGAGGGAAGAAAUCACGGUGGUUUUUAGAAUUUAUGGGAAGAAUUUUGAAAUUUAUGACGGAAAGAAAUUAGUUGGAGGAAACUUGGUGGGUUUAGAUGGAAAAACUGUUUUGGUUUACAAAAAACUUGGUCCUGUUGGUCAGGAGGAAGAAAAGAUAGGAAUGCCGGCUUGCAAGUUUGUUAAUUUGAAAAAAGGUGAGAAGAAAGCGACGCUGAUGCUGGAGAAUCCGAAAGGAAGGUACGGACUGGGCAGAGGACAGCUGAAGAAGAAGAUUGAAGAGAUUUUUGAAGAUGAAGUUGAGGUUCCUGAAGUUGAAAUAUUGGAUGGAACGCUGCUACAAGUAUGA